AUGGAUAAGGCUUGGAUGGAUAUUGAAGAUAGAUUGCGUUCGAACGAAUACGCAAUUGGCGUUAAACAAUUCAUAGAUGUGGCGAAGGUCCAUGCACCGGGUAAAGAAUGCAUAAGGUGUCCAUGUAGGAAAUGCCGAAAUCGAACUUUCCAUCCUAUUCCUAUGGUUGAGGAUCACUUGUUCAUCAUAGGUAUUGAUCCAUCUUAUACGGAAUGGAUAUUCCAUGGCAAGGAGGAAACUUUGGCUGAGGCAGAAUUUUCGGAUGAAGAAGGUGAUGAUGCCUAUAGCUAUAAUGACUACAUUGAUGAUGUAGACGAGAUGCUAGAUGACAUCCAUGUGGGAUCAUUCAUGGAUAAUUCUUUUAGAACAGAAUUUAAUUCAGACGCAGGGCCUUCACGACACACCUCUGAUACUCCAAUACACCCGAACUUCGACGAGUUACUAGAUGAUGCAAGAAAGCCACUUUAUCCAAACUGCACAGAGUUCUCAAAGCUAUCAUUCAUAGUCAAGUUGCUUCACAUAAAGACAGUUGGUGGUUGGACUGUGAAGUCGUUUGACAUGGUUAUAAAGCUUUUGCAAGCAGCGUUUCCUCAUGCUCUUUUUCCUAGCUCAUAUAACAAGGCUCGCCGCUUACAAUGUGGUUUGGGCUUCAGUUAUACAAAGAUACAUGUAUGUCCAAAUGAUUGUGUCUUGUUUUGGAAGGAUCAUGCUAAUAAAGAUGAGUGUCCCAAAUGUAAUGCAUCUAGGUGGGCCUCAAGCACAACUAACCAACAGAGGAUACCUCAAAAAGUCCUCCGAUAUUUUCCUUUGAAGCCGCGGUUGCAAAGGCUGUUUAUGUCAAAGAAGACCGCCCAAGCCAUGAGAUGA